AUGAUUUGGUACCUACUCUAUCCGUUCAGAGGGACGACCGAGGCUCCCGUGCUACCAACGACACAUCCUCUCCGAAAUGUCUUGACUCGGUAUGGUAGAUAUGCCGCCCGACACGUCCUCACGACCCUCUUGAUCUCAGUCGCCGUAGCCGGGACUCUGAUUUAUCCUUGCCCUUUCCUCUAUACCACAGACUUUACCAAUGCUGCAUCCAACCUGCCGCUCCAUGUCUGGACCGAUGCUCAGCCGCUCGGCGACCGGCAGCUCGUCGAGCCUGAUGUCAUUAUGCGGUCCAUCUGGGUUCACGGGAGCUACAUGAAGGCCCUCGACCGUGAUGUGCUUCUUGGUGCUCUAGAAAUGCAGAAUGAGAUCCUGGGACCCACCAACGGCUUCAAUCCGCGGCGUUCGAGCAAGCGCAUUGGCAUCCGGGAGCCCCAUGCCGACCUGUCUCGCGAGGAGAGAGACAUGUUCCAUGUUAUCAAUGGCCUGACUAAUCAGUCGUGGUUCUUCCACUCCCCCCUGCAGUACUGGGACUGCGACGCCGAUACCAUCGCGCGAGACGAGGAUCACCUGAGCACCGUCAACGAGAAGAAGACUCAGUCAACAUCUGUGAACGUGACGCUGAGGCAUUCGAUCGUCUUCAGCGGCAAGAAGUUUGAGGACAGACAGCUCGUUGCUGCUGACGCCCUCGUCAUCACCUUGCUUCAUCUGCGCGACUCGCCGGUAGGAAGGCAGUGGGAGAGGAAGACGGCGGAUUACGCCGCUCGCAUGACGAGCCGAUGGGACGUGUUUCCCAGCAGUGGCGUGUCGACGGGCUCCCAGCUCUACGAAUUCCAGUUCCUCCCGAUCUCGAAGCAGGACACGGUCCUCCUCUCUCUGGCAUAUAUUCUCACCACCUGCUACUUCCUUCUCAGUUUAUCCAAGAUCCGAGCUGUGAAGUCUCGGCUCGGGCUGAUGGUGACUGUCGUGGCACAAAUUGUGAUGGCAAUCCUGUCCAGCCUCACAGUCUGUGCACUGCUGGACAUUGAUCUGUCCCGGAUUCCAAGAGCAGCGUACCCCUUGGUCCUCAUGGCUCUUAGCCUGGAGAACAUAUUCAGGCUGAUCAAUGCUGUCAUCCUGACAUCGUCCGAUCAUAGCACCAGUAGCCGGGUUGGUCAUGCCUUUGGUGAGACGGGCCAUGUGGCCCUGGCCAGUGUCGCGCAGAACCUGCUGAUCCUCUGGGGCCUGUCCAGGGUGACCGCGUCAGGCGUAUCGGCUUUUUGCACGUUUGCGGGCAUCGCCAUCUUCUUCGACUUCUUCUACCUGUCCACCUUCUUCCUGUCUGUCCUGAGUGUUGAUGUGCGCCGGACCGAGCUGAACGAUGCAUUAGAAAGAGCAUCGAUCAGAAACAAUCGCCAAUUCCCGGACUAUCCCUCCCGGCAGUCCUUGCUGGAUGCCAUGCUACGGGGCAGGAUCGCCUUGUCUACUCGGAUUGCUGGAACGAUUGUGAUGCUGGGGUUUGUCUUGAUCGCACAGUGGCACUUCUUCGACAGCGGGAGUAUAGCAGGGAGCCCAAUGCGGCUCAUCCGCUUUCUCUGGAGGGCAGGCGACGGGGAGGCGUCCUCCGCUCCACCUUACGCUGGACUACACCAGGCCAGGAGUCCAAAGUCAUGGCUGCGAUUACAAGAUCAUGAGACGGCAAAGGAGGUCAUCAACGUCAUCAAGCCCCUCGCGCACAACUAUGUUGCUCGCGUCUUUGAUCCGGUCAUUUUCGUUCUGAAAGGGUCCGAUCGAAGGCCACCCGGAGUGACGCGGUGGUUUUCAGAUGCCGUGUAUGACUUCAUCCACCACCAACAGACUCCAUUCAUCGUCACAGUUCUUGUUCUGGUUGCCUUGGUCAGGCUAUUCAUGAACUACCUCUUGUGGGAUGAGAUGGUGGAGGCCCGAGGGGAGGACAACCCCGACGACGAGCCCCUCAUCUCGAUACGGAGCUUGGAGCAUGGUCACGAACUUGAUAUCGCGAAACUUGUCGUCACGCCUGACAGUCAUGUCAUCUCCGUAGGGCUCGACCGCAAGAUUCGAGUAUGGAACCUGCGCUAUGACUUUGCAAGCUAUGCCCUGGACAAGCCAAGAUCCCUUAUGGACGAUCCGUUCCCCAUUUUGGCGAUGGCUAUCGAUGAAGAGUCAAGUUGGUUGGCGAUGCUCUCGCCCUAUCGAGUCUUGCUCUGGAGCAUCACAGAGCAGAGGUGGGGCCCGUCGGCAGCCGUGGAGCUGUACGGCCAGAAGCCAGAAGCGUUCCUCUUCGGCUCCACCAGAAAGAACGAGCUACGCUCGGUCGUCAUUGUCAGGCGUGAUGGUACUCUGAUGGAGGUCUGGCCCGACGGGGGUGAGACAUCCAGUUAUAGUGUAUGCAAGAGUCCCCUUGCUUGUGUUUUGCACAUUACAGAGAAGUCUCAACCGGAGUCACGCUCAACCCUCGUCAGCCUUUCUCGUCAUGGCUGUGUACAUCGCGUCAGUCUUUACAACGGCUUUUGGGUGUCCUCAGAAGUCAAGCUGUCUGCCCAGGAUGACCAGCAGCCGCAGCAUCUGAUUCCAGUCCAAGGUUUCUUAUCAUACAUGGUGGUCCGCUCGCAGAGUGUUGAUCUGGUUGACUUGCAAACGUCUAGAGUCAUGCACACAUUCACGACCGAGCCGAUGCAGCCGCGCUCCCUGAAAUUCGUAUACAGCGGCCAGAGGACCGGGCCUGCGGGCAGAGGGACGGUGUCCUCCAUGACCCUAGCCUAUAUCAGCGAGGAGGAUGGUGACUGCGUCUUACAGACAUACCUCCCCGACGAGAAGUACGACAACAUCUACUUUUCCAACGCUGUGGGCCCACCGGCGCGAGCCAGCUGCACCUGGCUCGAAACGAGGCAGGUCACCAGGCGGGUGCCGAAUCCCGGGUUAUGGACACCUUUACGAAACGGAUGCGUUGUUGGGGUGAGAAGGAAACAAGAAAUACCCCAGGGCAGUCCUGUCAGGGAACGGUUGCCAGCAUUUGCACAGUCGGGUCUCCGCCGCCGAGGACGCAUGGACCCCACACCCACGCGCCCGAAACCUGACGAGGCCUGGGAAAUAUGGGUCAUCGCGAGGCUGGAGCAGGAAGGAAACAUCGAGGCCAAGCCACUCCUCGCCCCAGAAAGCACAGCGGAGCUGAUGAUCUCGGAACUCGGUCCCAUGGUGAAGAUCGGGCACGGCAGCGUGGCCGUUGGCUUUGGCAAUGUAGUCAAGGUCAUCACGGUGGGACACGAGUGGUUCGACAGCACGGGAGACGAAGGACUCCAGGCAGAAAACAUCAUGACGAGUCGACGGAGACGGCCGCCAGCAUCGAGGCCGCAGGCGAUGUCGGCCACAUCUCAUGUCCGCGAAGGGAUGUAA